CGUCGGCCUGGCAACAGCGUCGGGCCUGAGGCCCAGGCGCCUCAGGGGAGCUGUGGGGCCGGAGCGCCCGAGAGAAUGACGACCAGCACGGACACAAGCAGCCAGUCCGAGAACGAAACAGACGAGGAUGAAGAUGAGGAGGAGGAGGAAGACGACGAGGAGGAAGACGAGGGCCUUUCAGACGAGUCGGCGAACGAAUGUCCGAGGAGACUGAAGGUGGAAAAUGAAGCCUCGCCGAGCAAGCCGCCAACCCCGUGCCCAGGGCAGCUAGGAAAGACCAGCAGCCAGGAGGACCAGCCAGGGCUGUCCCUGAUCCAGAUGGAGGAAGAGGUGGCGGAGGAGUGGGAUCUGGAACAGUCAAGGAGGAAGAAAAAGAAAAAGUACAGGCUGCUGUCCAUCAACCUAUCCAACUGCAAGUAUGAGAGUGUGAGGCGUGCUGCUCGGCGCUGUGGCCUGAAAGAAGUGGGUGAAGACGAGGAGUGGACCGUUUACUGGACUGACUGCUCUGUCUCACUGGAGAGGGUUAUGGACAUGAAGAGGUUUCAGAAAAUCAACCAUUUCCCAGGCAUGGCUGAGAUCUGCCGCAAGGACCUCCUGGCACGCAAUCUCAACCGCAUGCUCAAGCUUUUCCCCAGGGAAUACAGCAUCUUCCCCCGAACUUGGUGCUUGCCAGCUGACUAUGGGGACUUCCAAGCCUAUGGGCGCAUGAGGAAGAACAGGACUUACAUCUGCAAACCAGACAGCGGCUGCCAAGGGAGGGGCAUCUUCAUUACUCGCAACCCCAAGGAGAUCAAACAUGGCGAGCACAUGAUCUGCCAGCAGUACAUCACCAAGCCCUUCCUCAUCGAUGGCUUUAAGUUUGACAUGCGCAUCUACGUCCUGGUCACUUCCUGCGACCCACUGAAAAUUUUUAUCUACGAGGAAGGGUUGGCCCGCUUUGCCACCAUGAGGUACAUCGAGCCCAGCAGCAGCAACCUGGAUGACAUCUGCAUGCACUUGACCAACUAUGCAAUCAACAAGCACAAUGAGAACUUUGUUCGGGAUGAGAACACAGGCAGCAAGAGGAAGCUGUCCACUCUGAAUACCUGGAUGCGGGAGCACAGCUACGAUACAGCUGAGCUGUGGCGGGACAUUGAGGACAUCAUCAUCAAGACCCUGAUUGCCGCCCACCCGGUGCUGAAGCACAACUACCGCACUUGCUUCCCCAACCACAUCUCUGGGUGUGCCUGCUUCGAGAUCCUCGGCUUCGACAUCCUCCUGGACAGGAAGCUCAAGCCUUGGCUCUUGGAGGUCAACCACUCGCCUAGUUUCACCACUGACUCCCGGCUGGACCGAGAAGUAAAAGAUGCCCUGCUUUUUGAUGCCAUCAACCUCAUUAAUCUACGUGCCUGUGACAAGAAGAAAGUACUGGAGGAGGACAAGAGGCGGGUCAAGGAGCGCCUUCUCCAAGCCCACCAGCCUCCGCGGGAAGCCAGGCGUGAACAGAUGGAGAAUAGCCAGGCUGCCUUGCUGGCCCAGGCAGAAAAAUAUGAGAACAGCCACUUGGGGGGCUACCGACGCAUCUUCCCAGCACGUGGCACAGAAAAGUAUGCUCCUUUCUUCAAGCACAGUGGAUCCCUCUUCCAGGAGACAGUUGCCUCAAAGGCCAGAGAAGAGUGUGCCAGGCAACAGUUGGAGGAGAUCCGCCAAAAGCAGGAGCAGAGAGAGGGCACAGGAGGGAAGAAGAGGAGGGACGCGAAAGAAAACUUGCAAGGAGAGUCUGCAGGGGAGAAAUCCCAGGAGAAGGGCAAAGGAAAGCCUGCUCUCAGUCGGAUAACUUACAGCCACAGCAAGACCUGGAACCCAAAGAUGUCAACCUUGCCAUAUGACAGCAUGACUCCCCAAGCAAUAGUGGAGGAAGAGGAAGUGGAGAGAGUCAAAGCCCUUUUGCGGCGUGAGAACCUCAUUCGGGGGCUGGGCAUUGUAGAUCAGCUGACCCGCCUACUCCGGAACACUGAGCCACGAACCGUGGAGAUGCAUAGACCCCACGUCAACAUCUCCGAAACCCAGCCCCACUUUCUUCAGGAUAUGUUUAGUAACCGAGAAGCCAAGAAUCUGAUUACCCUCUCCCUCCUCGGAGGCUCCGUCCAAGCGCUUGGUCAACAGAUGACACAGCAGACCCCUGCGGAGCGGGUCCAGCUCCUGGGCAAUCAAGGCUUCAUUCCAACCCUGCUGGGUGCCCUGUCUGGCCUGGGCCCUGCCCCAGAGGCCUCAUACUCCUCACACUUCAAGCCGCAGUUCCACAUCCAGCCCCCCAAGCACAUGAGCUGGCUGGGUACAACCAUGGGGGGCGAGCCCUGCACUCUCGCCCGGAUGCUGAAGGCAGGAGGGCGGCGAUAUACUAGUGCCAAGAACAAGGCGGAAGGCAGCAGCCCAGCCAGCAGGAGGCCCCUGUACCUGAGCUCCGGCUCUCUGACCUGCCUGUCUCAGCCAGCAAGGGCCCCGAGCCAUCUGUACAGCGGCUUCCCCUUCCCUUCCGGGGCCCUUCCCUUCAGCCGAACUGACAUGCACGGGCUGGCGAUCAAUUCUGCCUCGGCCCCGCUCCUGCAGCGCACAAGCCCGCACCGCUCUGCCACCAUGGCCACACUGCACCUCAAGCAGCCCAGGAAGGAGGCCUGACCUCUCCGCGGAGGGGCUCUGCCGGGAGCAAGAAGAACUCGAGAGGGCCAGGGAGGCGAUCCCAGGACUGAGG